UUGGGUUUCCUCAAGUAACAAAACCUAAGAUGUCGAGUAAAGAAGUGAAAACAGCGCUGAAGAGUGCCAGAGAGGCCAUCAAAAACAAAGAGUUCAAAGAGGCUCUGAAACACUGCAAGGCUGUUUUGAAACUUGAGAAGAACAAUUAUAAUGCAUGGGUGUUCAUCGGCUUGGCUGCCAGUGAACUGGAGCAGCCGGAUCAGUCACAGACUGCUUAUAAAAAGGCUGUGGAGCUGGAGCCUGAGCAGCUACUUGCAUGGCAGGGCUUGGCUAAUCUUUAUGAGAAGACAGAUCAGUGGGAUUUCAAAGUAGAGCUUCCAGACAUCUAUCAGAAGCUCGUGGAUCUGUAUGCAAGCUCUGACAAAACCAAAUGUUAUGAGAUGAUUAAAAAGCUAUCUGAUGUCUAUCAGUCUGACAAAGAGUAUUUGAAGUUGGCAAAGGUUUGGCGCCAGCUCCUUCAGCUGAAGGAGGAGGAGUCUGCGGACAAGAAGGAGUUACUGCAGCUUUGGCAACAGAUGACCCAACUUCUCUCAGACUGCCUCAAGGAGGGAGGGCAUGACCCAACAAAAGAAACUCAACAGCAUUUAAUCACAGCAUUUGAGAAGGCCAUGGUUCUCAUGGAUCCUGUACCAGGAGAGGAACACAAGAAGGUCUCGGCUGACUAUGUCAAAUGUCUUUCUAAUCUUCCACAAGAAGAAGUCAAAAUAAAAGAGGCAUGUGAGUCUAUGCUGACCCUUUACCCCGACCAAAGUUAUCCUCUUGAAGUCCUUUGUUCUCACUACCUCAGAAAAGGUGUUCUUAAUGAGGAUGCAUUGAGCUGUUUCUCACGACUCCUGGCUCUGGACCCUAACAGUGGAUUAGGUCUCUUGGGUCUGGGCACCAAAGCCCUGCAAGAAGGAAGGUAUAAGGACGCCAUAAAGGACCUAGCCCAAGGGCUGAAGAAAAAGAGCUCCAGUACAGGAUGGUACAGUCUGGCUGAGGCUCAGUUAAAAAUGCACAGAUACUCAGACUGUGCUCUGUCAUGCUCCCAAGGUCUUACAGUGUGUGACUCUGGAGACAUGGAAGUUAGAGGCAAACUGCUCAGGCUGAAACUAGAGGCGUUAGUCAGGAGUGGAGGACAGACGGCUGCUGAACAGGCUUUGGACACAUUUUCCCAGAUCCCAGAUGCUGGAAAAUACCCAGUUUUAAUGGCCCUGAAAGGAUGUGCCUACCUAAACAAGGGACACGUUGAACAAGCUCUUAAGGAGUCGUCAGAGCUGCUGGCCUCCGAUCCUAAGCUGGCCCAGGGGUUUGUUCUAAGAGGACUGGCACAGUUGGCUCAGGAACAGCAGGAGCUGGCAGAGGAAAGUUUUCUAAUGGCGACCAGCCUGAGUCCGGACAGUGGAGAGUAUUUUUUCUUGCUUGGUAAACUCUACUGGGAUAUGGGAGAAGAGACUCGUAAAGACAGGACUAAAGCUCAGACACAUUUUCUGAAGGCUGCAAAGUUGGACCCACAUCUCGGUUGUGUGUUCCGCUACCUUGGACAUUAUUACCGAGAGGUGGCGAGUGAUCCCGGCCGGGCUCGAGGCUGCUAUAAGAAGGCCUUUGAGCUGGAUGAUGAUGAUGCUGAGUCUGGAGCUGCCUCGGUGGAUCUCAGUAUGGAGCAGGGCCAUAUGGCCGCUGCCUUAGCAUCACUUCAGUCUGUGAUUGAGAAAGCCACUCCGGGCUCAGCUAAAUGGGCUUGGAUGAGACGAGGGCUUUACCACCUGAAGGUCGGAGAACAUCAACAAGCUACAGCUGAUCUGCAGGCAGCUCUGAGAGCAGACCCCGAGGACUGGGUGUGUUGGGAGUGUUUAGGUGAGGCUUACUUAAACCGCCAUAGCUUCACAGCAGCUCUGAAGGCCUUCAGUAAGGCCCAUCAGCUUCAACCCUCCUCCAUCUACAGUGUGUACCAGGCUGCUGCUAUCAAACAAACUCUAGGCAAAUUCAAGGAGGCAGUUGCAGAGUACCUGCAGAUCACAGCACAACAGGACUACGUUCCUGCUCUUAAAGGUCUUGGGGAAUGCCAGCUAGCUCUAGCGAAAAGUUUAAUGGAGGACUGCAGAGAUGGGGGAGCCAUUGACCUCAUUCAACAAGCCAUACAGAACCUUUACAGAGCUGUGACGCUGCGUCCUGACCUGUCCUGUUUGUGGAAACUGCUCGGAGAUGCUUGCACUGCAGUAAGCACUGUGUCGCCUAACAGAGCCCAGGUUGUAGUCCCUGCCGAGCUGGCUGGUUUGAACCCCAACACCCAGAACCCCACACUGAAUAAGGCCCAGGCACUGAAAGUCGGUGAGAGGUGUUAUGCCCGAGCUUUGAAGCUGAUGUCUGAGGUCCCCAGUCUUUGGUACGACCUAGGACUCAACCUCUACCACCAGUCCAGACUUCCCAGUAUCACUGAGGAAGACCAGAAUUCUCCAUCCCUGCUCCUAGAGAAGGCCCAGCUGUGUUUGAAAAAGGCGAUCAUGAAGGACAGUGGGAACUACUGCUACUGGAAUGCAUUGGGGGUGAUUUCCAUGAGCAAAGGUGUUGAGAACUUUGCUCUGGCUCAACAUUGCUUCAUCAAGUCCACACAAGUUGAAUCAAAUAAUGUCACUGCUUGGACUAACCUUGGUACCCUGUAUUUGAAGAAGGACAAUAUAGAGCUUGCACAUGAGGCCUUCAAGAUUGCCCAGUCACUGGAGCCGCUUUACGUCAACUGCUGGAUUGGACAGGCGCUGAUAGCAGAGAGAGUGGGAAGCUAUGACACCAUGGAUCUUUUCAGGCACACCACUGAACUCAGCACUCAUAUUGAGGGAGUGAAAGGUUAUGCCUUUUGGGUUUGUUCCACCCUGUUGGAUAAGAACAACAGAGACUCUGAACUGUACCGCUACAACAUCGUCCAGAUGAACGCCAUCUCUGCCGCUCAGGUUGCUCUCAGCAAGUACACAGAGAGGAUCCAGUCUGACCCUGAUGCCUUCAUUAUGCUUGGCUUCCUGAAUGAGCAUCUGCAGCUGAAGAGGCAGGCCUUACAUGCUUAUCAACGAGCUGUUGAGCUGCUUCAGUCCAUGACCUCAACAGAAGAGCUGGCUUUUGCUCUGGGCAGCUAUGGCCGUGCUUUGUGCACGUCAGGCCAGUGGGAGGAGGCGGUGCGUGUUUAUAAUUCCACUCCCCUGCAGGAGCUCAGUGAUCUGGUUGGCCUGGCGCUGGCCUACUGCAGGGCAGGACUCAUCUCAGAGAGCAUCAACGCCUAUGAACGUGCCUUGGCUGUGGCAUCCAGUGAGAAGGAGAAGGCUUACAUAUUGACGGCUCUGGCCCUCCUUCAGCACCGGCAGGGUAACCUGGAUCCAGCCAAGACUCUGCUGUUCAAAUGCUCAAUGUUAAAAGAGCCAAUCUCAGAGUCUCUGCUGUGUUUAUGUGCACUGGGAUUGGUCCACAAUGAUGCUACAUUAGCUGCUGCUGCCCUGUCUGAGCUGCUGAAGCGAGGUCCAGGCUCAGGGAAUGUUGUCGAGCAGAGAUGUCUACUUACCUGCACUCUACUGGCCCUGCAGGGCAACUACAGUGCCGUGCAAAGAGAGGCUUCCAGAGCUGUGCACAGCAACCCUGGAAACCCCUCUCUGUGGGCCCUGCUGUCCAGACUGGUACCACAAUACCAUCCCAGGAAAGCAAAUGGUGGAGCGAUGGCUGGUCAGGUGGCAUGUCUCUCUAGUAUGACCCAAGGAAAGAGGGCGCUGUUGCACAGUGGGUUGAACCAGUUGGCAAAUGGGAGACACUCUGGAGAGGACAGUCACAGGAAUGCACUGAAGACUAUGCAGAGAGCUGUGCUGCUCUGUCCUGAUGAUCCGGCGACAUGGGCGGGGUUAAUGGCUGCCUGUCACGCAGAAAACACUUCCUGUUAUCUCUCUGGUUCCGCUCCUCGCAUACAAGGACUGGAACAAACCCUCAUGUCAAUGGUUUCUGAGAAAGUGCAAAGUGUGGAGGAGAUAGAGCGCCCUCUUGUCCAGACUCUAGAAGGCUGGGUACUACAACAGGCAGUGACUGGUCUCAUGUUAGGCGGGCAGCUGGAGCAGGCAGAAGCCCUCUGCUCUCAGGUGCUGAAUGUUUCCCCAGAACACCCAGCAGUGAUGCUGUCACUGACCCAGGUGCAGUGUCAUCACCUCCUUGUUGCCAACACCGGUGCUGUCCUCCCAGACUCUGUAUUGGACCAGCUGAACAAAACUGUGAUGAUGAACCCCACCAAUGUUGGUGCAUGGCACUGGCUGGCCGAGGUGUACCGCAGCCAGGGCCUGCUGGUCCAGGCAGUCAUGGCUUACAAGCAGAGUCUGCAGAUCGCCUCACAGCUCGGCCUGCACAGCAGCCAGGUGGCCAGCCUGCUCCGGCUAGCCCUGCUAGCCCUAGGACCCUGUAUGGCGGGCAUCCCAGGAAAUGACUGGACAGAUCUCAUACUUGAAGCCACCACUGAGGUCUUGAAGCUGGGUUCUUCACCUAUGGCCCUCCUUUUCCAGGCCCUGCUCCAAUAUGUGACUAAGACGGCUGCUAGGGAAACCAGGCGUUUGUUGGAGAGGCUGGUGUACGCCCCCUCUCAAGACAUCCCAGUGACAGUGGUGCAGGUGGCCGGCUGGUACCUCCUCAGACACCUGCAUGCCAAAAACGACCAAGAGCUCAUCAAUGUUCUUUUGCAACACGCCAAAAAGAACGGACAUCAAAGACUGCUGGAGUUUCACGCAACGCUUGCCUAAACUUCAUCCUGAAAAUCUUCAAUUCAGCAACACGAUACAAUUUAAUCAUGCGACAAAGUGAGUUUAUCCUUGUCACCAAUUCAGCUUUUCUUUUCACUUAAAAUAAAAUCAUAACAAAGAGGACACCAUGGAUUAUAAGAAUGACAUUUUAUUUGCUUUAUGCUAUUCUUUGGUUUGAUUUUAUUCAGGAAAUCCAAGUCAUGAGCUUUGGCACAUAUUCAGAAUGUACUUCAAAUAACACAUCCAAUAUCCAUGUUCAGGAGUAAAUAAAAGCAAUUUGCUCAAUA